AUGUUCGGAAUAAACUUAUUACUAGUGAUUUUAGUGUUGUGUUGCUGUUUAUACUUAUACUUUACAAGGACAUUUAACUACUGGAAGAAGAGAAAUAUUCGUGGUCCGAAACCAAUAGUCUUUUUCGGUAACAUUAAAGACUCAGCUCUUCGUAAGAAAAACCAUGGUAUCGUGAUUCAAGAGAUAUACGAUAUGUUUCCAAAUGAAAAAGUCGUCGGCAUUUAUAGAAUGACGUCACCUACGCUCCUCGUGCGAGAUUUAGAUAUAAUAAUACAUAUCAUGAUCAAGGACUUCGAUGCUUUCACUGAUCGUGGCCUGGACUUCAGUAACCGAGGUUUGGGCCAAAACUUAUUCUUUGCUGAUGGAGCCACAUGGGCAGCGUUAAGAAGUCGAUUCACUCCCAUUUUUAGUACCAGUAAAUUGAAAAAUAUGUUUUAUUUAAUAAAUGAGGGUGCUAAUAAUUUCGUGGAUUACGUUAGCAGUGAAUGUCAAGUAAAAGAUGACUUUGAAGUAGUCUCUCUUCUUCAAACAUACACAUUGGCUACGAUCUCAUCUUGUGCCUUCGGUAUUAGUUAUGAUAGUCUUAAUGAUAAAAUAGAUACUCUAAAAAUUGUUGAUCAAAUUCUUGCAAGACCAAGUCAUGUGCUUGAGUUAGAUAUGUUGUACCCAGGACUUUUAAAAUCGCUAAACUUGUCAAUUUUUCCAAGAGAUGUGCAAAAUUUUUUCAAAAAUUUAGUCGAUCACAUAAUCACUCAGAGAAAUGGUAAACCUUCGAAACGGAAUGACUUCAUGGAUCUAAUACUAGAACUUCGUGAAAUGGGACAGAUCAACAGUACAAAACACGGAAACAGUACGAAACCAAUUGAAAUAACUCCAGAAAUAAUGGCGUCACAAGCAUUUACAUUUUACGUUGCUGGCUAUGAAACCAGCGCUGCUACUAUGUCGUACAUGCUUUACCAACUAGCAAUCAACCAAAGCAUUCAAAACAAAUUAAGAUCGGAAGUUGACAAGAUAACCCAAGCGAAUAAUGGAGAAAUAACAUACGACACUAUUAAGGAAAUGAAAUAUUUAAGCAAAGUAUUUGAUGAAACUCUACGAAUGUACUCAAUUGUAGAACCUCUGCAGAGGAAAGCUACAAGGGACUACCAAGUGCCCGGGACUGACUUAGUAAUCGAAAAGAACACGAUAGUACUUAUGUCUCCGAGAGGUAUUCACUACGAUGAGAAGUAUUACGACGAUCCUGAAGUAUUUAACCCUGAGAGAUUUGACCCGGAGGUGGCGGGCAAUCGUCAUCCAUGCGCUUACCUACCAUUUGGAGUCGGACAACGAAACUGUAUCGGUGUGCGCUUUGGUAAGCUGCAGUCUCAGCUAUGCAUAGCGAAGAUUUUAUCCAAGUUUCAAGUGGAACCUUCUCAAAAUACACCCAAGAAGUUAGAAGUAGAACCAGAUAGAGUUCUAAUUGGACCAAAAGGGGGGCUACGUCUAAAGGUGGUGCCAAGAAAGAUUAAAACGUAGAUUAAAGAAGAAUAAGGAUGUGCUCUGCUCUGUUGUUUAAAGACUGCCACGCUUGUCAAAUAGUUCAUUGCAGCUGUCGAGAAAAGACCUAAUUUCGGCCCAUUUCACUUCCCGAAUCAGGCAAAAUAUUAUUGAUAUUUUUAUAUUUCGUGAUUCUCAGUAAUAACAUAUUAUAUUUCAAAAUGAAAAUAGAA